AUGACUCUAAUCGUUAAUUCUAGGAAAAUUUUGCAAGAACAAGAAGCAGCUCAACUCCGGCGGAAAGCUGAGGAGGCCGGGAUCAUAGCACCACCCAUUCCAAAGCCUGAGGUUGCUGCUGCCGAUGACAGCGAGGCGAGAAAAAUUACGGUUAAACAGAUGACCAAGUUUGCUUGGGAUAACUACAGAAAAUACGCUUGGGGUUCCAACGAGUUACGCCCUGUGUCGAAGAGAGGUCAUUCUGCUUCCGUAUUUGGAAUGGGCGACAUAGGUGCGACAAUAGUAGACGCCAUUGACACGUUAUGGAUCAUGGGGUUGAAAGAAGAGUAUGAGCAGGCUCGAAGUUGGAUUCUCAACAGUCUGAACUUCUCCAGAGCAGCGAGAGGUGACCUAUCCGUGUUUGAAACUAAUAUUCGUUUUAUUGGUGGACUUCUCUCAGUAUAUGCACUCACAAAUGAUAGGAUGUAUGUAGAAAAGGCUGAAGCAAUAGGAAAGCUGCUUCUGCCUGCUUUUGAUACUCCUACAGGCAUUCCAUUCGCACUCGUCAAUCCUACAACAGGCUCGGCUAAGAAUUACGGCUGGGCGAGCGGCGGUUGCUCAAUUCUCUCAGAAUUUGGUUCACUUCAACUUGAAUUUGACUACCUUUCAAAUGUUACGGGAAACAAAAUUUUUGCAGAAAAGGUGCCUUUU